AAGAAGAAGUGGUCCAAGGGCAAGGCAGUCAAGGACAAGGCCCAGCACGCUGUCGUUCUCGACAAGCAGACCAACGACAAGCUCCAGAAGGAUGUCCAGUCCUACCGCCUCAUCACCGUUGCCACUCUCGUCGAUCGCUUGAAGAUCAACGGUUCGCUCGCGCGUCAAGCCCUCAACGACCUCGAGGCCAACGGUCAGAUCAAGAAGGUUGUCGGACACUCUAAGCUCAGCAUCUACAGUAUGUCACCACAAUAG